AUGAAAUUAUUAAACUCACUAAUUUUAUUAGUUUUAACUUGUUUGGUAUCGUCAAUCAAUACUCAAUUCAUUUCCAUUCAAAAGUAUGAUUUUAGUGGAAAUUGUAAAAAUAGUUCAGAUUCAGCAAGUAGUUUUGAAGCAUCAAGCGAAUCAGCAGCAAUUUGUAUGCAAAAUGAUUUAUUAUCUGGUAUAGUUACAAAUGAGGGUGUUUGCUUAAUAUUUAAUGAAAUCCCAACUACAUUCCUUAUAUCAUCAAAUGGUGAUUACGUUGUAAUAUUAUUGGAAAUAGAGCAAUUAAAAUUGGUGAAUGUUUUGUUGAGUGUGCUGAUGAUUACCACGGAAGUACAUAUUUAUUUUCAACUGAAACAUCUUUCAAUUACCCAUCUAAUACCUACAUUGAAAUAUCUUACAAUGGCGAAUGUGAUGGACAAUGGAAAACUGGUUUUAACUAUCUUCAAUAUUACAUUGUCAAUAAAUGUAAUGUUGCACAUGAAAUUGAAACUCAUACCUUUUCUGUAG